AUUUUUUGAUUCGCCGUCCUAUUCCAACUACUAUUCGGCGUUUUUCGAUUAUCAUCUCUCUUUAUUUUCGUGUGUUUUUGGCGCAAUUUAUUGUUUUUCCUUUUUCUCUCCGCCUAUCAUCGUGACGCCGUCCUGCGACCUGCGUCAGCGUCUUACUCUUUCCGCACCGCAAGUGCGCGCUUACACAUUACGUUCGUUGGCGAACUUUGCAAAGUCUUCCGGUGAAAUCUCUGGUGCCCAUCGUUCGUGCCGCCGCUACGAAACGCACACCGUACCAACUACAACGGACAGACAAUAGCAAUUAUUAGCGUAUUAGCAUCUACCUGCAAAAAUAAUGGGAGACAAGGAAGGUGAUACGUUUGACGAGGCGGUCGAGGAGCGUGUCAUCAACGAAGAAUACAAGAUAUGGAAGAAGAACACGCCGUUCUUGUACGACUUGGUCAUGACUCACGCACUAGAGUGGCCGUCGCUCACCGCUCAAUGGCUCCCAGACGUUACUCGUCCGGAAGGUAAAGAGUAUUCUAUACACCGUUUAAUACUUGGUACUCAUACUUCAGAUGAGCAAAAUCAUUUAUUAAUUGCUAGCGUUCAGUUACCUAAUGAAGAUGCUCAAUUUGAUUCUUCUCAUUAUGAUGGAGAAAAACAAGAAUAUGGUGGAUUUGGUUCUGUAAGCGGUAAAAUCGAAAUUGAAAUUAAAAUCAACCACGAAGGUGAGGUAAAUCGAGCUCGUUACAUGCCUCAAAAUCCAUGUGUGAUUGCUACCAAAACACCAUCAAGUGAUGUAUUAGUAUUUGAUUAUACCAAACAUCCAUCAAAGCCUGAUCCAAAUGGAGAAUGUCAACCAGAUUUAAGAUUAAGAGGUCAUCAAAAAGAAGGAUAUGGUUUAUCAUGGAAUCCCAAUUUAAAUGGAUAUUUGUUAAGUGCAUCUGAUGAUCAUACCAUAUGUCUAUGGGAUAUUAAUGCCACUCCCAAAGAACAUAGAGUUGUUGAAGCUAAAACUAUUUUUACUGGACAUACUGCUGUUGUUGAAGAUGUCGCUUGGCAUUUAUUGCAUGAAUCAUUGUUUGGUUCUGUUGCUGAUGAUCAAAAACUUAUGAUUUGGGAUACGCGUGCAAACAAUACAAGUAAACCAUCACAUACUGUUGAUGCUCACACUGCUGAAGUUAAUUGUUUAUCGUUUAAUCCGUAUUCAGAAUUCAUUUUAGCUACAGGAAGUGCUGAUAAAACUGUAGCCUUAUGGGAUUUAAGAAAUCUCAAAUUGAAGCUGCAUUCCUUUGAAUCACAUAAAGAUGAAAUAUUCCAAGUACAAUGGUCACCACAUAAUGAGACUAUAUUAGCAUCUAGUGGUACAGAUAGACGUUUACAUGUUUGGGAUUUGAGUAAAAUAGGUGAAGAACAGUCUCCAGAAGAUGCUGAUGAUGGCCCGCCAGAACUUUUGUUCAUCCAUGGUGGCCAUACAGCUAAAAUAUCAGACUUCUCCUGGAAUCCCAAUGAACCAUGGGUUAUAUGUUCAGUUUCAGAAGACAAUAUUAUGCAGGUGUGGCAAAUGGCUGAAAAUAUUUAUAACGAUGAAGAACCAGACGCUAGCAGUCCUGAAGUAGAUGCACCUGUUCCUUAAACUUUGUACAUGUUUAAUUAAUUUUAUCAACAUUACUUUAAGCAUAACAUAAUAAUGGUCUUUUUUUUUAAAAUUAUUCAAUAUGCCAUCUAAAAUGUACAUAAAAGCACUGAGUAUAUUAAAUUCUAUUCACGUCAUCCUUGUAAUUUGUACAAUAUAUUAUUUUAUCAUGUAUCUUACAUUUUGAUAAUUUAUUGUUUUAUAAUAUUGUGCAUAGAUAAUAUAUUCUGAAUAAUUGUACCAUUAAACAAAUCCAUUGAUUUUUAAUGAAUGUAGGUAAUUAUUAUCUUUUUUAUUUAUUAUUAUUAUUUUUUUUUUUAUAUUAUAUAUGAACGAUUUUGGAAUAAACAACUCAAAAUAGUAAUAUACUCUGAAAAAGUAUUUAUUUUUAUUAUUGUACUACAAGUGAAAAUGAAAAACCAAACGAUUUAAAAAAAUAAUAACAAACAAUGAAUAGUUAUUUUAAGUACGCAUGCGAAAUGAAAGUAUUUUUAAUCUAUGACCAUAUUGUCUUAAUUUUAUAAAAAAAAAAUAUAUAUUAUAUUUUAUAUAUGUGUGUACCUAUUUAAUACACAUUAAUUCAUUUUAAACGGAGCUAUUUCAUCUAUAAAUUAUCACAAUCUUUUCAUUACAAUCAUAAAUGUUAACAAAGAAAAACUCCUUUGGGGUUAUUUGACCCUCGGGACUUUUUCUGAUUAGGAACAAAAAAAAAAAAUAUACAAAUUUAUAUAAUGGUUAAAAAAAGAACUAAGUUUAAACUUAACAUAUUAUGUCUUAAUAUUAAUUUGUUCGUUUUGACUUUAAGUUUCUUAGAUUUUAUGUGUCUAUUACCACAAAGAGACUGAUACAGAUGAAAUGCAAAAAAAAAAAACAACUUAAAAUUGGAAGAUCAAAAUAACAAAAUAAAUAAAUUGAAGUAGAAGCACCCCAUUGGUCAAGAACUGAGAAAAAAUAACAAAA